AGCCUAUCAAUUUCCCCUUUCCGUAUCGUCUUCUCCUCGCUAGCUCUGCUCUUGCCUUAAACCCUGACAUAUCAAUCUCUGUUAAACCAGUCUCGAGUUCACGUCGACCAACUAACAAAACUCCAAAAAUGGCCGAUACCGUGCAAUACCGGCUCGAGCGCAUGGUCGACGAGCUCGACGACCUUGAGAGGCGAGGGUUAUUCACGCAUUAUGAGAUAGCUGAGAUCGUGAAGCAGAGGCGAAAGUUUGAGUAUAGACUGAAGCGACCGAGUCCAUUGAAACAGGAUUACUUGGCCUACAUUGAGUACGAGACACAGCUUGACUCGCUUCGCCGCCUCCGCAAGAAAUCAGUGGCUCGUGAUAUGAAAAACAAGGGAAACAAGAAAAUGAAGAUGUCUGUUUCUGAUUUUGCUGGGGUCUCGAGAAUUGUGGAUAUUUAUCGGCUUGCCGUAUUGAGAUAUAAGGGUGAUAUUGAGCUAUGGUUUCGGUAUUUGGAGUUUUGUAGAGAGCGAAGGAAUGGCAGGAUGAAGAAGGUCUUGGCUCAGCUAAUUAGGUUUCAUCCAAAGGUACCAGGAGUUUGGAUUUAUGCUGCAGCUUGGGAAUUUGACCAUAACUUAAAUGUUGCAGCAGCUCGUGCUCUAAUGCAGAGUGGUUUGAGAGUUUGCCCUGCAUCGGAAGACCUUUGGGUAGAGUAUCUCCGGAUGGAACUUACUUACCUUAACAAAUUGAAGGCCAGGAAGGUUGCCCUUGGAGAGGACAAGGGCACUCUGGUUCGUGAUCAUAGAGUUGCUGAGGAGCAACAGUGGAGAGAUGAAAACAAUGGUGCGUUUAUGUUACUUGAUGAAGAAAUGAGAAACGUUGAAGGAUCAAAAGUUAAUAAUGGGGAGUCAGAAAAGAAAAUGGAUUUAUUUAGAGAACAAGGUUUGAAUAUACUUAAGACUAUCUAUAGUGGAGCAAUUGAAGCUCUUCCUUCUAGCUUAGGACUAAGAAAACGUUUAUUUGAGAUAUUGGAGGCAACAGAGUUGGCACAUUCGGAAGAAAUUCGAAAGGAGAUCCUAAGUGAUAUGAAAAGAGACUUUUCUAAAGAUCCCGAAUACUGGGACUGGCUUGCUAGACUUGAAAUGACUUAUUCUAGAACUACAAAGGAUACAAGUGAAGGUAUCAUGUCACCACAGCUACAAAAAGCAGUUCAGGUUUAUGAGCAGGCUUUGCAGUUUGUGCCUUCUCCCAUUCUGUUUAAUCUAUAUGCUAAGUUCUUUAUGGAUGCUGUUGCUCCUAAAAGAGAAGAAAACCAACUUUCUAAAUUAUCCAAUCAUGCUGAAGAUAUUAUUUCUUAUCUAUUGACGAUUUAUGAGAAAGCUGAGACAUUUGGAUGCAUUACUGAGGAUUUGGCUUGUGAAUAUGUUUCAUUUUUCAUCCAGCUAGGGAGGUUAGACGAGGCCGGGAAACUAGCGGACAAAUUUUGCAAUGGCAACUUUUCAGAUUCAGUUAAAUUGUGGAUUUUAAGGGCCUCUUUAGAAAUUAGAUGUUUUACUAAUAAUAUCCCUGGACCAAGUAAAGUUGAUCUACGAUCCAUAUUUGGACUCUUUAGAAGCGUGUUGACAAAAGUGUCAAUAUCAGAAGCUGAGGACUUGUGGAUGAUGGCCCUCAAGUUUUUUGCAACAGAAAAAUAUUAUCUGGACAAGUUGGUUGAGAUGUCAUUCGUUUCAGUAGCAAAAAAUGGUGGCAGUGAUAAUGGAUUCUCCCUACCUUGUGCGAUUGUAAAUAGUGUUCUUCAGAAGGAUGGAAUUCAGGAAGCAAGAGAGACAUAUAAGCGUUUUCUUGCCUUGCCCCGACCAGGUCUUGCUUUAUACAAAAUUUGCAUCGAGUUGGAAGAGAACCUUGCAUCUAGUGGUGAUAAAGGUUGUCUUGGAAAUGCCCGAAAAAUAUAUGAAUCUGCACUUGCAACGCAUAAGCAGAAUGUGAGAUUGUGGCAAGAUUACCAUGCCAUGGAGGUUAAGUGGGGAACAUCAGAAACAGCAAAACGCUGCGUAUACUGGCGUGCACGAAAGACAUCUGAAAAACUCUGCUUGCAUUUGUUGCUCUAUUCAGAUUCGUUGUAAUUUUAAUAUAAACUA